CGGGUCUGGGGCGCUUGGCUCACAGGCUGGAGGUCGGAUGGCGUGCUUAGCGCGGUUCUCUCAAUCUCCACCUUCCCCCCACCGCCGCUUCGUCGAGCCUUGAUGAACUUCGUGGAUUGAGAAGGACCUCACUCUACAGGGGCUAGCAAUGUUGAGUCAUAUAGCAUCAAAGGAUAACCUCAACUGGAGUCUCCUGCUUUUGCUUCUGUUUCUUCAUUUUUGCCUGGGCCAAGAAGAAAACAUGGAGGUGAGCAGAAGAGAUAAUAGUCCAGUGGCCAAAGUUUUGGAGAGCCACCACCAGACCGGUCAUAAAGGUUCCAGCAGCAGGGAAAACUUGAGACAGCGGAGCCAACUGUAUAAGUGGACGGUUGAGGCAGUUGAUGGUAAUAGUCCUUCUACUGACCAAAAUGCCUUGAAACCAGACGUAGAUGAUGUAGCACAGACUACUUCAUACAGAGUCCAGACACCACAGAGUGGGCCUCAAAGCCCACCGGAAUGCGGCUGCCGGGGAGAUUUUGGAUUUCGAGGUUAUCAAGGCCCACCUGGACUUCCAGGACCUGCUGGAAUCCCAGGAAACCAUGGGAACAAUGGGAAUAAUGGAUUACCUGGCACAGAAGGAUCGAAAGGUGACAAAGGAGACAAGGGGGACUUGGGACCCAGGGGCGAGCGAGGCCCUCAAGGACAUAAAGGAGAAAAAGGUUAUCCUGGCAUCCCAACAGAGCUUCAGGUUGCAUUUAUGGCUUCAAUGGCCACCCACUUUAGUAAUCAGAACAGCGGAAUAAUCUUCAGUAGCGUGGAAACCAAUGUUGGCAAUUUCUUUGAUGUAAUGACUGGACGAUUUGGAGCUCCAGUGAAUGGGGUGUAUUUCUUCUCCUUCAAUAUGAUGAAGCAUGAAGAUGUCGAAGAAGUCUAUGUGUACUUGAUGCAUAAUGGCAACACAGUCUUCAGCUUAUUCAGCUACGAAUCCAAAGGAAAAUCAGACUCGUCAAGCAACAGCGCAGUGCUUAAACUCGCCAAAGGAGACGAAGUGUGGCUGCGGAUGGGCAAUGGGGCACUGCAUGGAGACCACCAACGCUUUUCCACUUUUGCUGGGUUCCUUCUUUUUGAAACCAAGUAGAUCCACUCACUGGAAAUGCAGUACAACGUCACUACUUGGUUUCCCUGCUCUUUGGAUCCUCAUAGGAACGCAUAGGUAGCCCUCGACUUACAACAGUUCGUUUAGUGACCAUUCGAAGUUAUAACAUCAGUGAAAACAAGUGACUUAUGACCAUUUUUCACACUUAUGACUCUUGAAGCAUCUUCAGUCACAUGAUCAAAAUUCGAAUAGUUGGCCAUUGACGCGUAUUUAUAUCAGUGUCCCGGGGUCAUGUGACCACCUUUUGCGACCUUCAGACAAGCAAAGUCAACGGGCAAACCAGAUUCACUUAACAACGGUGUCGAGAAAGGUCGUAAAAUGGGGCAAAACUUAACAAAUGUCUCACUUAGCAACUGAAAUUUUGGGCUCAAUUGUGGUCGUAAGUCGAGGACUACCUGUACUAAAAUCCCAGGAUUUGUCUUGACACCAGUAUGUUGUUAACUAUGAAACAUGGUAAGAAGUUAGGCCUGAAUUUAUAUUAUGCCCUUUUAAUGACAUUUUGCAUCUCACCGCACAUUCUUCCCUCCUUGCUGAUGGAUACUGAAUAGUUACCAAACGCCUGUUCCUGGUAAUUUAAUAGAAUGAUGAUUGUAGCCUUUUCUUUUUCCAUUCUAAACCAGCAAUUUUCAUCUGAUCUUGGGCGCUAGUGAAUGUUGCAUGUACAAAACAUUCAAACGGGAUGUCACUGUGUUAGUGAGCCACGUGUGAAUUUGGAAGCUCCUGUAUUUUUAAAUACAAAAAUAUAGGUAGUCCUCGACCUACAACCAUUCACUUUUUUUUUAUUUGCAUUUAUAUCCCGCCCUUCUCCGAAGACUCAGGGCGGCUUACACUAUGUCAAGCAAUAGUCUUCAUCCAUUUGUAUAUUAUAUACAAAGUCAACUUAUUGCCCCCAACAAUCUGGGUCCUCAUUUUACCUACCUUAUAAAGGAUGGAAGGCUGAGUCAACCUUGGGCCUGGUGGGACUUGAACCUGCAGUAAUUGCAAGCAGCUGUGUUAAUAACAGACUGUCUUAGCAGUCUGAGCCACCAGAGGCUCAAACACUUAGUGAGUGUUUGAAGCCACAAUGGCAGAGAAAAAUGGGAUUUACACUUAGGACUCUUGCAGCAUCCUUGGUUAUGUGAUCAAAAUUUGGGUGCCAGACAACCAGUAUAUAGUCACAUGAUAGCCAUUUACAACCUUCCCAGCCAGUUCUGGCAAGCGAAGUCAAUGAGGGAAGCUGGAUUUGCUUAACAACUGCGUGAUUCACUUAAAAACUGCAAUGAUUUGCUUAACAACCAUUGCAAAAAAGGGCAAUAAAAUCCAGAAAUUCUGGUCCCGAUUGUCAGUAAAAAAUAAAAUUAUAUAUAUAUAUAUAUAUAAAAACAGAGGGAAACAUUGGAAGAAGACUAGCUGCAUUUUUUCAGACGGCUUUAUGAAAAAAGCAAAAGCUUUCCAGAUUAAUUCAGUGAAUCUUGAUUAUUGUUAGCAAACAACUCUUAAAAUACCAAACAAACAACGGUGAGAUUUUUAACUUUUGGUUAAAUUUAAAUUUUUGAACGUGUUUAAACUAGGUAAACUUGAAUUGGUUGGCUUCAAACAGAUGUAACAAUCUCAAAAUGUGCAUGUUUGUGUGUUUGUGUGUGUAUUCUGUGGAAAAUGAUGUGUACCAUGUUUUGGGUACAUUUUGCCUUGGCUGAAGAUUUGCAAUGAUUUGCUAAUUUUCACUUCUGUAUCUUUGAAAAAUAAAUAUAUCAAUUUUAGGACUGAUUUUUAUUUUCACCCUGUGUGAAAGUAUGUUUAAGAAACAAGCUGACUUAGAUUUUGGUAAAUUACUCAUUGGCAGAGUAACAAAGUAUAGUCUUUUUGAAGCUGGUAGACUAUAUAUUUCUGCAAGAUUUAGUCUUUUAAAAGCAUUAAAUAUACAAUACAUUGGUACAUUGAAUACUUUAGACUUAGUAGGAGUUGCAAUCUGUAGUAGAUGUCAUUUAAAAAAUGAAGCCUUGUUUGGAAUGCACCAAAGAGGUGUGUAAACUUUUAAAAGUAUAUUAGCAAGAUGAUGGCAUGCUUUCAAAACGUAGUUUUAAUCUCAUCGUCAUUUACUGAUAAUAUAUUCUGACUCCUGUUCUUACUAUGAAUGCCUUUUGCCUUUUGUUAUUAGAACUGUGUUUCAAGCAUCUGGUUAUUCUGUACAGAAGACUUGGUAAUUAAACACCAUUUUGAAUAAGUAUUUUGCGCAUCAAAAGAAAAACACUACAGUUCUGUACUUUAGACUGGAUUUUUAAAAAAUGAUCUUUAGAAAUAAAGAGCGGAAGGGUGAGAAUUUGGCUGUGGGAGACAACUCAAAAAAACAAACAAACAAUAAUGCAGUCCAUGCAAUAUACUCCCCUGCGCAACCACACCAUCUGUGCAUGCGUGCAGGUUUCGCAUGGCUCCCCCUAAACUGCACGCGCAAUCCGCACCAUCUGCGCAUGCACAUGGUUUUUGCAUGUACAAUGCACAUGCGCAAAUGGCGUCUGCGCAUAUGCAUGCUGCGCAACAGUACUCUCAUGCACAUGCGCAAACACACGUGCAUGCGCAAACAUGCAUUCAUGUACAGGAGAACUCCAAAGACCAGUUGGGUCCCCUGAAUUGCACGCAUGCACCCCAGCGGCCCGAACACCAGCUGGGGUGCAUGCGCAUGCGCUGCUGCAGGUGACUUGGGCGACAGCUCGCGUGCCUGGAAAAAUGGCUCUGCGUGCCACAGAUCCGCCAUCACGUCCUAUGUGGUGUUCCUCUGACCACUAGGAAGUUUUCUUCUCCAUACUAUCUUCUCACAUUCUUCCUUUUCUUUUUUCCCCCAAAUUUUGCUUCCAGUGUUUUGAUCAGGACUCCCUAGCUUUCAUCAUUUUUAAAAGUUGCUUGCUUAUAAAUCUACAUUUGAAUGUUCAAUUUUGUCCCACUGAUUCCAUGAUUCCUCUCGUUAAUUCCCCACAAGGUGUGCAAACUUAGUAGGAAGAAAGUGUCAUACAUCCUAGCUUGAAUGGAGGCUCAAUGCUCAAAUAAUGCUGUAAAUAUUCUAUCUCAAUCUCCUCCAUAAUUGGUAUUCACGCAUCCUUGAUCCCAAAUCUUACAAAACACAAUGAUUUAAUAUUAUUUGUAAUGACUUUAUCUUCUAAAGUUGCAUGAUUAUAGCUUAAUAUGAACAUAUCUACACCUGAUCUUUAGAUGAUAAAUUUGCAUUAUUGAAAUUAUACUAAGCAUUUUUGUUACUUUCGUUUAUAACAUGAACUAGCAUAUCUCAACUUCAACAGCUCCCAGAUAUUGUAGAUGAAUGUGUCAGAAUUUUACAACCAGUCACUUAGUGACUGUUUAUCUUCUAAAGUUGCGUGAUUAUAGCUUAAUAUGAACAUAUCUACACCUGAUCUUUAGAUGAUAAAUUUG